GCCCUUUAAGGCUCAAAAUUAACUAGCUAGCUAAUUUAGCUGGUCAAUAUUUGCCCAUGUGGGGAAGUUAGGCUAGCAAGCAUGUUAGCUAGGUAGCCUAGGACAACGAAAACUAAAAGCUUACUUACUGUAUGACCGAGCCAUGGACCGUUUUGCCAACAUAAAAGAGAGGAGGAUGACAUUGGCGUGCAACUAGUCUACAAGUAGGGGAGAGGGAGGGUGACUUGCUUCAUUAUGAACUGUGCUGCUAUUUUGAUACUAACCACAAGUUGUUUCAGUUGGACGUCUGCUAUUUAUCUCCCAAACAGACAAGCAACAAAGAAAUUGAAGUAUCUGCUUGAGCCACCUGUUUAUGCCGAAGUAACCGGCCCUCGGGGAGGAAAUGCCACUUUGCCAUGUGUACUGCGAUUCAAACCAAGCCAUUACAAGGUGAAAUGGACAAAACUGGAACCACUUCGUCAUGGAAACGAGAACAUUGUCAUGAUCACAAACGGUUCAGCCCACAAACCCUAUGGCCUGCUUGGGCCACGGGCCUCGCUUCGUAAGGCUCAUGCCAUGGAUGCCUCACUACGACUCAGCAACCUGGAACUAGAAGACGGUGGUAGAUAUCGCUGUGAGCUGAUCAACGGUAUCGAGGAUGAGAGUGUCAUCAUUACAUUGGGGAUAGAAGGGAUGGUGUUUCCAUAUCAGAGCAAAAACGGCCGCUACAAAUUCACCUACCAGGAAGCUAAGGAGGCCUGUGUUGAACAGGAUGGCACAUUGGCCACAUUCAAGCAGCUAUACAGAGCCUGGACAGAGGGUCUGGAUUGGUGCAACGCAGGAUGGCUCAUCGAUGGGACAGUCCACUACCCCAUCCUGCACCCACGAGCAGAAUGUGGGGGGGAGCUGCUGCCUGGAAUUCGCAGCUAUGGCCCCCGGGACAGGAUCCGGAACCACUUUGAUGCCUUCUGUUUCACCUCUAGAACCACAGGCUUUGUGUUCUUUGUUGGAGGGCCACUCACGUUUGGGGAGGCAGUGGAGGCGUGCAGGGGUGAGGGAGGAGAGUUAGCUCUGGUUGGACAGCUCUAUUCAGCCUGGCGUUUCCUGAGCUAUGACCGCUGUAAUGGAGGUUGGUUGAAGGACGGCAGUGUGCGUUUCCCUAUCACCACCCCUAGAGAGCGCUGUGGCGGUAUUCCCGAGGCUGGGGUGCGCACCUUUGGGUACCCCAGCAAGACCCUGCGUCUCUAUGGUGCCUACUGCUACAGGUAGCUUUCAUGGGACCCAUAGCGUGUGGAACCUACAUCCACUGACUUCAUAGAUCCAAGACGCAGCCAUUGUGAAGACUACCAGUGACCCCUACAGGUUUCAUUACACUUUUCUGCAAUACUACAAUAUGUUAUUACAGGAAACCUCAAAGGUUUAACACCUUUUUUUCAUGGGACACAUCAAUAAAAGCCUGCCACUUUUUUGAGCUUUACUGCUACAGGUAACAACUGCUGUACAUGUUUCCCUGCGUUUGUGUAACAUGCUUUUUGUGAUCUUUGUUAUCCAAGAAGCACUAUUCUAAUGUAACAGGAAAGUUAUUACACAAUGACAAAUUCCUAAAAUGCUGUUAGCUUCUUAUCUGAUGU